CGACCGUUGGACGGGCUAUUCCUGGCGGCCAUUAAUGGUCACGUGACAUCUCUCGCGGUCGACGUCCACAACAGACAUACUGUGGCCGCCGUGGGAACCGAAGAGGGAUUGCUGUCUAAAGUGGUGUUAGACGAGCGCCAGGAGUCCGACAAACAGAUACUCGAGUAUAACAUGGGGUCCGAUAGCGAUGACGUGACCGACCGAUCCAUUCGCCCGAACCCAGCCUUCGAUAACAAGCGCCGGGAUCUGUACGUACUGUCCGGUCGGCGACUGAUUCGCGUGCCGUUUGGCUCGUGUCGACCGCACCGGACGUGCGACUCGUGCCUCACAUCCAACGACCCGUUGGCCUGUGGCUGGUGUGGCACAUACUGUGCCCAUAGAGAUGAGUGCGACCACCCGUUGCUCUUCAACCAGACAGUGUGUCCGCCAGUCAUAUAUGACUUCGAGCCCAAGUCGGGUCCCUUAAGAGGCGGGACUGUUAUCACUAUAACUGGCAAUAAUUUAGGGCAAUAUAGAAAUUCGUAUGAAAACAGUAAUAUAACGGUGACUGUGGCCGAAACCAACUGCCCGGUCGUCGAGUGGACAGCCAGUCGCGUCACAUGUCAGACACAGUCUGUCCUCAAAGCAGUCUCAGGCAAAGUACGGGUCAAAGUUCACGACCGGUUCACCCAAAAAAUUUACGACAUUGAGGGUGAGGUGCAGUCGGAUUUGGAGUUUAAGUAUUUGGAGCCGGAGUUGAGAGGUGUAUACCCGGCGUUCGGUCCCGAGUCGGGCGGCACUAACAUCACAAUCGUCGGUCAGAAUCUGCACAUCGGCUCCAAUCGCACCGUACUUUUGGCCGGAAUUCAGUGCAAAGAAUUUGAGAGCAACUCAACGUUCUUGAAGUGUACGUCC